AUGGCAAAGCGACCCGCAGAUUCGGAGCAAGAGAUUGAUGCGAUCAAGAAUGGCGACCGUCCCAUGGAAAUGGACCAGAAUGAGGCGGGAGAUUUUGAGGAUGAGUUCGAGGAUGAAUUUGAGAGCGAGGAUGAAAUAUUCGAGGCAGGUGUAGACGGGCGGCCAGACGAGGAGAGAGAAGCCGAGGAGCGCGAGAAUGGCAUGGACAUUGAUCAGGGCACAUUCAUACCCGGCCGACAUAAACUUUCGCCAGGCGAGACUCUCAACCCCGAUCUGUCGACAUAUGAGAUGCUGCACACCCUCGAAGCGCCAUGGCCCUGUCUCUCCUGCGACAUCAUCCCCGAUAAUCUCGGCUCCGACCGCAAGACCUACCCAGCGACCGUCUAUGCGGUAGCAGGCACACAGGCGGCGCGGGGAAGAGACAAGGAAAACCAGAUCAUGGUCAUGAAGAUGAGCAGUCUGUCGCGUAUGGACAAGGACGACGACGAGGAAGACUCAGAUGACGAAGACGAAGACUCAGAUCCCAUUCUCGAGACAAAGUCAAUACCCCUAAACACCUGCACGAACCGCAUACGCGCACACCAAACCCCCCAAAGCACGUCGGCGCAACCACCCAAUACUCUCGCAGCUGCCAUGACCGAGUCUGGCCAGGUCUUCAUCUACGACGUCACACCACACCUCACAUCAUUCGAUACUCCCGGCACAGUCAUCACGCCCACACAAAACAAGCCCGCAUGCACAAUCCGGGCGCACAAGGCCAACGAAGGAUACGCCCUAGACUGGUCACCGCUCAUCCCAGAAGGCAAACUUUUGACAGGCGAUAUUGCUGGCAACAUCUUCGCAACCACACGGACUCAAGGCGGCGGCUUCGUCACAGACACGACGCCCUACACCGGUCACAAAGGCACAGUCGAAGAGCUCCAAUGGUCGCCCACAGAAAAACACGUCUUUGCCUCUGCCUCGAAUGACGGAACCGUCAAGAUCUGGGAUGCACGCUCCAAAUCACGCAAAGCAGCCGUCAGCGUCCAAGUCUCAAAAACAGACGUCAACGUACUGAGCUGGUCGCAUCAAACCGCACAUCUCCUCGCUUCCGGGGCCGACGAUGGCGAAUGGGCAGUCUGGGACUUGCGGCAAUGGAAACCCUCGACUUCCAUGGCUAGCGACACAAAACCCACUCCCGUUGCCAACUACACCUUCCACAAGGAGCAGAUUACCUGCGUCGAAUGGCACCCUACAGAUGACAGCAUCGUCCUCGUCUGCGCUGCCGACAACACACUUACUCUAUGGGAUCUGGCGGUCGAACUCGACGACGAGGAGAGCAGAGAUACCGCUGGUGUGCAGGAUGUGCCCCCUCAAUUACUGUUCGUGCAUUACAUGGACCAGAUCAAGGAGGCGCACUGGCACCCCCAGAUUCCAGGGACGAUCAUGGCGACGGGAGGAUCAGGAUUUGGUGUAUUCAAGACGAUUAGUGUGUAG